AUGUCUACAAUUACUCUAGAUACAUCGUAUCCUCCGGAUAUACCUGCCAAGCCAACUUACGAGCAGAAAAGGUCAGAAACUACCGAAAUAAAUAAAGAUAGAGAUUACGACAACUCUAACAAGAAUAAUAGUAAUGAAAAUGUGACGACCUCGUUGUCGUUCGACCAAGUAAAUGACAAUGCAGAUGAGCUCAUAGAGUUGAGAGGAGAAGGAAGAUACUUUGGAGUAACAGAUCCAACGUCUGGUAAGACCAUAAAUUCGCUUCAAAACUUGGGACCGUUAUGUGCCAACUGUCAUAAGAGAGGUCAUAUUAGAUCCAAAUGUAAGACCGUGAUAUGCCACAAGUGUGGAGUGGUCGGAGAUCACUACGAAACGCAAUGCCCUACGACAAUGAUAUGCUCGAAGUGUGGAUUGAAGGGACAUAUUGCCUCUAACUGCACCAAUAAGCAAAAGAAGAGAGAAUACUGUAAGCUGUGCGAUACCUUCAGCCAUGGAGAUGAUAGAUGUCCUAACAUAUGGAGAUCAUAUUUGACAUUACCGGGCUCUAAGGAUGAAAAGGACUUGGAAACCGUCCUUCCUAUAAUAUACUGCUACAACUGUGGAGACGACACCCAUUAUGGAGAUGAAUGUGACGAAUCUAGAUCUUCUAGGGUGCCAAACCAGACUGGGAGCGCAUUCAGUGGAUCCAACUUGCCGAGACACUUGAGAGAUAUAUACUACAAGAGGAUAAAGCAAGUCAGAAAGCCUGCUUCUUAUGGUGGUGGGUACAAUAGCUACAACAACAAUAACAGUAACUACAACGGCAACUAUAGCAGCAACUACAAUAGUAACAACAACUACAACGGCAGUAAUAAUAACACUCAGAAUACAAGGUAUGGUGGAAACAAUAAUAAAAGCUCGUCGAGGAACGGAUACAGCGAUUUUAGUAACAAAAAGAAACCUUUUAAUGGCGGGACUUCUAAAUUUAACAAGGACUUUGUGAAAAGACCAUCGCCAUCUGACUCUGGGGUACAUAAACCUUCUCGCUCUGGUGUACUUAUAAACAAGUCCAAGAAGAAGAAUGACUUGAUUCCAAAUCAUACGCCCUUUAACUCGCCAUAUAAUGAAGGAAAAAAGGCGCCACAGGCUCCUACGAGACUGGGCAUGCUUUUGUCUAGAAGACCGGAUGGUAAGAGCAAGAAUGAAAAGAGCAAGAAGAAGAGCAAGCUUAACGUUAUACCAAACUACUAA